ACCAAGGUAGCCAAUAUCUUUACAUGAACAGGUGCCAAAAAUCUCACACCUUUAAAAAAACAAAUGUGACAUGCAAAUCAGACCAAGGUGAAGCAGAGGACCUUUACUAUAAAUACAGCAGGGCAACGAUGAGAGUCACUGCUACCCACUAAAACAGGGUUUGGAGAAAAAUGGAUUUCAUCCAGGUGUUUUCCUUCACUCUGCUGUCCGUUCUGGCAGCCAACGCUCAGAUCUUCAGUCCUGGCAGAUGUCCCCAAGCUGCUGUUCAGCAGCAGUUUGAUGCUGCGAGGUAUCUUGGUAAAUGGUAUGAAAUCCAGAGGUUGCCCCACACGUUUCAGACAGGCCAGUGCAGCACUGCCACCUACAGUCUGCAGAGUCCUGGUGUUGUUGGAGUCCUAAACAGGGAGCUGCUUGCGAAUGAGACCAUUAAUGAAAUCAUUGGGACUGCCAAACCUGACCCAGCUGAGCCUGCCAAACUGCUGGUCUACUUCUUUGAGAACUCUCCCCCUGCUCCAUACUGGGUUCUGUCCACAGACUAUGAUAACUACGCCCUGGUCUACAGCUGCACCGACCUACUUAUGUUGCACGCUGACUUCGUCUGGAUCCUGAGCAGGCAGCCCACUCUGCCUGACGAUACCCUGGAGGAGCUUCACAGCAUCCUGCGGUCCCUCAAUGUCAGUGUAGACAAGCUGCUGUACACCAACCAGGAUCCAGUGUCAUGUAGUGUCAUGAACCAGUAAAAUAAUAUCAUGCAUUUUGUGUUUUUAAUUUACACUCUUUAUUUUGAGCUUAAAUUAAUAAACAUAUGUGCU